AUAUGUCAAAUAGGAUAGUGUCUCCAACAAUUUGUAUAUCCCAUUUACAUUCUGUUACAUUCUGUUAUAUUCUAGUUCAGCUAAGGAAAGCACUUCUCAUCGUUGUAAUGGCCUCAGCGACGUCUUCUGGUGGCGUAGAAGAGUUCUUUAAACAGCACAAAGUUGUGCCUGACGUCAUACCAGUGGCACCCAGGGAAUUUCUCAAGGUUGUAAUACAUAUCAACAUAUAUACAUAUAUAAAUUAUAAAGGCGUCACAGCUGAGAAUGGGAUUGAAUUAACACCAACACAGGUCGCAGCACAACCCACAAUCGAAUGGAAUGCUGAGAGUGAAGCUUUUUAUACGCUAAUCAUGACCGAUCCGGAUGCACCAAGCCGCAAGGAUCCUAAAUUUCGGGAAUUCCAUCAUUGGUUGGUCGCAAAUAUACCUGGCGGAAACGUGAACAACGGAGAUGUAUUAACCGCUUACGUAGGCUCUGGGCCGCCACAGGGCACUGGACUACAUCGAUAUGUUUUCUUAAUUUACAAACAACCUGCUAAAAUACGCUUUCAAGAGCCACGCAUACCGAAAAACAGUAGUCAAAAUCGACCGAAUUUCAGAUCAGCCACAUUUGCAAAGAAAUACAAAUUAGGUAAUCCUAUUGCUGGCAACUUCUAUCAAGCACAAUGGGAUGAGUACGUGCCAACUGUGCAUAGGCAGUUGGCUGGUAAAAAAUAAAGAUUUCUGUCACACGUUCAUAAAAAAAUAUU